AUGUUGACUCCGGAGCAGCAGGACUCUGAUCUUCCCUGGAGACAGACAGACGGCAGGACCCUGCUGGACGCCCUCAGUGGGCCGUGUGACUCCACACCUUUGGAGCCCAUUGAUGGAAAAGCAAAGGUGCAUUCUCGGGAGGAAAAGAGGCGCAGGAGACGUGCAACAGCAAGAUAUCGAUCAGCACAUGCCAGCAGGGAGCGGAUUCGCGUCGUCGCCUUCAACGUGGCCUUUGCAGAACUGAGGAAACUGCUCCCAACGCUGCCGCCAGACAAGAAGCUGUCCAAGAUUGAAAUUUUGCGCCUUGCAAUUUGUUACAUCUCCUACCUCAACCAUGUGCUGGAUGUCUAG